UGAUUACAGGCUGGGUUCCCGGUAGAGAGAGCGGAGCCCGGAGAAGAGGAGAGAUCGCGAUGGCGACAUUCCUGAUGUAUUACGCAGCGCGCCCGAACCUGACGGCAUAGACGUUACCCAGCCGCAGGACUACAAGUCCCAGCAAGUCCUGACAGGGCCGCAGCAUGUGGGGGCUGCACUAUUCCUGGGGUCAGGGGGGUCCCUCCCCACCCAAAAACUUUUCUGACUGCCCCAAUGGUACGAGCUGGGUGUGGAACGUGUUCAAUGAGUGCGCGGCCGACGGGAGGGACCUCGCCAGCAUCUACCUGGGGCUCUUCUCCAUCUUCUGUUUCGUGGCGGCUUCCUUCCCACAAUACUACCAGUCCUGUAAGACGGGGAACAUGGACCGGGCGCUGUCCAUCUGGUUCCUGCUGGGGUGGUUGGCCGGGGACUCCUGUAACUUUGUGGGGGCCUUCCUGUCCCACCAGCUGCCCAUACAGACGUACACCGCGGUUUAUUACGUGCUGGCCGACAUCUUCAUGCUCUCGCUGUACAUGUACUACAAGUACCGGAACCGGGGCCCGAGCGCGGCCCUCAGUAUAAACGCGCUCUGCGGCUUCGCUCUGUUCGGUUCCGCCGCGUUCCUGAGCGGUUCAGCUCCGGCUGCAGGAGACGUCUCCACCGUGGUGAGUGCCAGGCGCCUUCUCUCUGCCGAGGACUCGCACAGCGAGCCGUUCUCCACCCAGGAGAUUAUCGGAUUUACCAUCGGCUCCGUCUCCUCCAUGUUCUACCUCUGCUCCCGACUCCCGCAGAUCGUCACUAAUUUCCGGCGGAGAUCCACGGAGGGGCUGGCGCUGUCGCUCUUCUUUAUGGUCAUAUUGGGGAACCUGACGUACGGCCUGAGCGUCCUCCUGAAGAACCCCGACCGGGACCAGUCCGAAGCCGACUACAUCGAACACCACCUGCCCUGGCUGAUCGGGAGUCUGGGGGUCAUGAGUCUGGACCUCGUUAUAAUCUUCCAAUUUUUCGUGUUCAGCGCAAAAGGCUCCACCAACGCUGAGGCAGAAGAACAAGAACCGCUGAUGCAUUCCGCCUAGAAGACCGGACCAACUCCGUGUUUACACAAGAGGAAGAUACGCUGAGGAGGGCGACCCUACAGGAUUAAAGUCUUCCGUGACGCCUUCCUCACCCCACAGGACUUUAUGAAGCGAUUGACCGGGGACGUCCUCUAAGUACGGCGAGUCUGAGUGCAACGUUUUAUGGGAUUUUAAAUAAGGCACUGUCACUUUAAAAAAAAAAAAAAAAGACAUUUUUAGAGUUUCCUAUCUAGUGUGUCUCCAGCUGUUGCAAAACUACAACUCCCAGCAUG